UCUAAAUAAAUAGAGGUGUAACACUGAUUUAUUUAAGAGCUAUAACACGGUCUGUCCUCCGAGAGCUGUGACCCACCAAGGGGCGUCAAUGUCCGUCACGCCAAAUUUUUGUUGUGACGAGCCAAAGAACCGAGGAGCAUACAUAGGACAUCUAUGGUGCCGUGACUCAGAUUUAACCUGGCUGAAACAACCUCCACGCGGAAGAGGCCAACCGCAGCAGGAGCCCAGCUCCGAAGCUCCUGCGGUAGAAGCGGAACACGAAGAAAACCCAGCGCAGGGGAAGGCCCGUCGUGCUGGAAACCGGCUCAGCGAAAAAUGAACUCAGCAGAAAGCCUAUGCGGCUCAGCCUCAGAUUCCAGAAGACCUCCGGUUAAGAUGGGAAAUAACAAAUCCACUUCCCAGCAGAUGCCCUUGAGAUGCAUCCUUGACAACUGGAAGGAGUUCGAUCCUCUAACUCUGAGGAAGUGUUGUUUAAAAUUCUUUUGUGCCACUGUGUGGCCACGGUAUUCACUGGGGGACGAGGAACACUGGCCCAAGGAUGGGACUUUAUAUUACAAUACCAUCCUGCAAUUAGAAUUAUUCUGCAAAAGACAAGGGAAAUGGACAGAGAUCCCCUAUGUCCAAAUUUUCUUCAGACUGAGAGAUAUGAAGGAUCUCUGUCUUAAGUAUGGGAUUGUUGUACGCCCUAACAGGGAGCCCACUAGGCUAAUGGUGUUAGGCACAGGCAACCAAGAGAAGGAAGCCCCCCAUGAAGGCUCACCUCCCACAGCUCCCGAGUUGCCUGGUGCUUCUUCCUUGUAUCCAAGCGUGCCCCCAUAUCCGGGAGCACCCCCUCCACAAAAGCCAGCUCGAGUAUGUCCCUUAGUUGAAACUGGAGGAGAAUUCGGACCAACCCGAGUCCAUAAACCCUUCUCCCUCUUAGAACUAAGACAGAUCAAACAAGACCUGGGAAGCUAUACAGAUGACCCAGGCAAAUACAUAGAUAUGUUCCAACAUAUUACCUUGGCCUUUGACUUGACAUGGAAGGACACCAUGGUCAUAUUUAGUCAAACUUUAUCUGACCCUGAACAUACUAGGGUCUUAAAGGAAGCCCGGAGGUAUGCAACAAGGCUUCACAUGUCAAGCGAUAGAUACCCAGUAGGGGAAACUGCAGUCCCCUCCUCCGAUCCUAACUGGAAUUAUAAUGACCCUGAGCACAUCUGGGAAAGAGAUCAUUUUCUAAUCUGUAUAAAGGCAGGACUGAAAGCAGCCCAGCAAAAAGUAAUCUGCUAUGCCCAGGUCUCAGCAAUAACUCAGGAGUCCAAUGAGAACCCCAUUGCCUUUCUGGAAAGGCUGAAAGAGGCCCUCCAAAAGUUUACCAAUUUGGACUUAGACUCUUACGAAGGACAGGUGAUUUUAAAGGACAAAUUCCUGUCCCGAUGUGCAUCAGAUACCAGAAUUAAGUUACAACAGCUACAGCAGCAGGACUCUGCUUCUGCCUCGCUAGAUGAGAUGAUCCAGACAGCCACCAAUACCUUUUAUAACAGAGAACAGGAGAAGGAGGCCAAGGCCCAGGAGAGGGAGAGAAGGAAAGAGACAAGGCAUGCCCAGAUGCUGGCUGCCCUCCAGGGAAGCCCUAUGGCACACCCCGAGUCCUUGAAUGACAAGGCAUGAGGCAAAUGCCUAAUCUGUAGAUAGGCGGGGCAUUGGGCCAAAGAGUGUCCUAACCGUGACAACCUCCUAGAACAGCUUGCCACAAAUGCCAUCAACUGGGACACUGGGCAGCACUCUGCCCUCGGGACCCAAGAGCCUCAAGGUCAAGUGCCAAACCUUCCUUCACGAUGGUUCAAGAAGACUGAAGCGGCCUGCUCCAGCCAGCCCGCCUGUCACAGAUAACCAUCACGGGGCUGGAGCCAAGGGUGCAACUGGAUGUGGCAGAAACCUUGGACCACUGGACAAAACCC